UACCCAACCGAUCAACACAGCAUUGUCGAUCGACAGUCCUAGUACUUCUAACUACGGUUGUGCGAUUACGAUUUAGUGCGUUUAUCUGAGUCUUAGUGGUCUCGUGUUUCACGUUUCUAGAAGACAACGAAGUCGUUCAAAACAACAAGAAAAAUGAAUUCCAGUCUAUUGUUAUUCGCAGCAGCGGUCGUUGCAGUCGUCAGCGGAAGCGCAGUGUACCCAAUCCCAGUGCACCACGCACCGGCCACCACCCAAUACCACUCCCAAGAUGAAUUGGGCCAGUACGCUUACGGUUACUCCGGUGGCCCAUCGUCCAAGCACGAACAGCGCACCGCCGACGGUGUGACCAGCGGAGGUUACUCGUACGUGGACGCCAACGGUCUCGUCCAGUCUUUGGCCUACGUGUCCGACCCGGUCAACGGUUUCCGCGUGAGCGGCACCAAUCUGCCAGCAGACUCUAACACCGCUCACCACGCCGCUUUGCCGGUCGUCCACCACGCCGAAGUUCCGGUCGUCCGCCACGCCGAAGUGCCAUCCCCAUACUACUUGGCUGCUGCCCCAGCACCACUUCCAGUCGCCACUUCCUACUCCAGCGUUGUCCACCACCACGAAGCUGCCGCGCCAGUCAUAGUCAAGAGCCCGUCGUACUACGUGCCCGCCGCUCACCCACUGAUCAAGCUCGCCCAGCCGUUGACACCCGCCAGCACUUCCAACGUCCACUACCCAGAACACGCCGUCCUCCUGGCCGCCCGUAAGAAGCGUAGCGCUGGACUCUACCCCUCACUGGUUUCCGGUUACUCCGCCGCCCCCGCUCACGUCGUCACCGUCAAGCACACCGAAUUCGCCGCCCCACCAGCGCCAAUCGUCCACCAUUUGGCCGCCCCAUCCCCGUACUACUUGGCCGCCGCCCCAGCACCCGCUCCGGUCGCUACUUCCUACACCAGCGUCACCCGCCACCACGAACCGGCUGUGGCCCCAGUGCUCGCUUACGCCGCACCAGCCGCACACGUCUACGCCGAACCAGCCCCACAGGUCUACGCCGCCCCGGCCCCACACACCGUCUACGCCGCACCAGCUCCACACACCGUCUACGCUGCACCGGAACCACACGUUUACGCCCCAGCCGUAGCAGUGGCCCCGGCCAAGAGCCAGUUCCACGCACAAGACGAACACGGUCAGUACACUUACGGUUACACUGACGGUUCAUCCGCCAAGACCGAGACCCGUUACGCCGACGGUGAGACCAAAGGAAGCUACUCGUACGUAGAUGAUCACGGUUCAGUCCAGGCUGUCCACUACUCCGCUGGAGCCGAAGGUUUCAAAGCCGCAGGCACCAACAUUCCCGUUCACCACGUUUAAUGAUCUGCAAACACCGCCCGUCCCCACGCUGAUCGAGUAACAUAUUGUAUACUCUAUUGCAUAGUCUUCCCUUCUUUUUCUAUACCUGCAUAUAAAUAUAUAAAUAAUAAAACAUUUUUUAUCGA